GGACCUGCUAAGAAGGUUUGGUCCUCUAGCACGUGAUCUGUUUCUCAGAAUGCAGUUUGGAGUUGCGCUUGCACGGCCCCACUAUCGGCCGCCCCACCUCUUUUUGGGACUCGAGUCGACAAUUCGACAUUCGUCGAACGGGACUGGACUGGACACGCGCUAGACCAGACCGCUAGAAACUGAGGAACAUCUGGUGCCUGGAGUUUGACGCUCACUCAGGGCCACUCAGGGCCAGAACCCCCUGAAGGACUGCCAUGCUGGACCCUUGGGACCAAAAGUGGUGCAGUACGGAGCCCGGCCGCACGGACCGUCUUAGCCCCAAUUAGGACGGUUGAGAACACGGGGCGAGACCAUUUCGCGAUACUUUUGUUGGCCUAGGAGCACAUGCAGUCCUUUUCUGCCCACCUCACCCCAAGUGCUCCUCCACGCACUGGUGUCGUAGCAUCGCCAUCCUCUUCUUCGCUCCGCCCUCCCCCCUUCGUCGUCGCCCGUCUUGUCCCGCCGGCUCGUCCUUUCUGGUUUCCUCCUCCCCCCUAUCCACCCCGUUUUCUCGUCACAAUGGCCGAUACUGAAGCUCCCGUUGCUGCCCCUGCGGCCGACACCAAGCAGCAGCAGCAGCGUCCCACCAAGCCCGACGAGGAUGCCUACAACAAGUCCCUCGCCGCGGCUGAGAAGGCUCAUAAGGCUGCCAUGGACCGUCUGAAUGCCAUCAAGGCCAAGAUCGACAUUGCCAUGCCCAAGAAGGACGCCGAGACCCCGACGCAGAAGCGCCGCAAGGAGCUCAUCGCCCAGGCCAACGAGAUCCGCACCAAGCAGGCGGGCGGUAAGAACGCCCGCACGAGCAAGCUGGACCAGAUCAAGAAGCUCGACGAGCAGCUGCGCAGCCGCAUCCAGGAGCAGAAGAACGCCAAGGGCAAGGUGCCGUACAAGUCGGUCGAGGACGUCGACCGCGAGAUUGCGUCGCUCGAGAAGCAGGUCAACAGCGGGACCAUGCGUCUGGUCGACGAGAAGAAGGCGCUGGCGGACAUUUCCAACCUCCGCAAGGUGCGCAAGAACUUUGGCCAGUUUGACGACGCGCAGCGCCAGAUCGACGAGACUCGCGCCAAGAUCAAGGAGAUCAAGGACUCGAUGGACGACCCCGAGCAGAAGGCCAUGUCGGAAAAGUACAAUGCCAUCCAGGCCGAGCUGGACGCCAUCAAGGCCGAGCAGGACGAGGCGUAUAAGAGCAUCAACUCGCUGCGCGACGAGCGCACCAAGCUCCACGCCGAGCAGCAGGAGACCUGGGCCGCGAUCCGCAAGAUCAAGGACGACUACCACACCCAGCGCAAGGCCUUCAACGCCUACGACCGUGAGCAGAAGGACAAGGCGCGCGAGAGGCGCAAGGCCGAGCAGGAGAAGUACCUUCAGGACCGCAAGAAGGCCGAUGCCGAGAACGUUCUCGCCGAGGCCAGCGACCCAGCCUACAUGGAGGAGAUCCGCCGCGCCAACAGCCUGCUCCUCUUUCUCGACCCCGAGCACAAGGUGGAGAAGGGCCCCUUGAUGGCUGAGUCUGGCCUGACGGCCCAGGCCACCCGCAAGGUCGAGGACGCCCCUGCUGGCACCAAGCUCCUCCGCAAGGACGAGCGUGAGGAGGACCUCUUUGCCCCCAUCGCCAAGAAGGGCAAGAAGGGUAAGAAGGGUGGUGCUGGCGGCGCCUCUGCCAAGAGCUUCAACUGCCCCCCUUCGGUCGUCGAGGACUGCGCUUUCAUGGGCAUCGACCCGCCCAUGAGCCAGGCCGACGUGCCCGAGGUCACCAAGAAGGUCCGCGCCAAGCUGGACCAGUGGAAGGCGGACCAGGAGACUCAGACGCAAAAGGUCAGUCGCCCCCCAUUCUCCACUCAAGAACUAAUCGCUAACGGGGAAGCAGAACAUUGAAAAGGCCAAGAAG